AACCCAACCUCCUCGUUCUUCGCCUUUGUCUACCGGGAUACCUUGGUCAUUCUCAUCUUCGUUCUAUCAUGAAGUCUUUCGUUUCCGCCACCGCUGCCCUCUCAUUGGCCACUAGUGCCCUCGCCGCGACUUAUACAGUCGUCGAUACGUACACCAGCGACAACUUCCUUGACAUGUUUGAUUUUGAGGCCAUCCCUGACCCCACUUCCGGACGAGUUAACUACGUCGACAAGGCUAGUGCUCAAAGCCUCGGGCUGGCCAAAACCUCUGGUAGCAGCUUCGUUUUCGCUGCCGACGACACCACCGUACUCUCUGCCACCGGGGCCGGUCGUAACUCGGUUCGUGUCCAGUCCGUUAAUGCUUACGGUUCUGGACAUGUCAGCGUAUUUAACAUCAAGCACAUGCCGCAAGGCUGUGGUACCUGGCCUGCAGUUUGGGAGCUUGGACCGGACUGGCCUGCGGACGGUGAAAUCGACAUCGUUGAGGGUGUCAACGACGUCGUACCGAAUCAGUCGACCUUACACACCAGCCCCGGAUGUACGAUGCCGUCUGGAAUCACCCAGACUGGGAGCCAGGUCACCACGGACUGCAACACUGCCGUCGCAGGCAAUACUGGGUGCGCGGUGCACACGACGGAUGCGAACAGUUAUGGACCGGCUUUUAACACUAAUGGAGGUGGAAUCUAUGCGAUGGAAAGGACAGACGAUUUCGUGAAGGUCUGGUUCUGGUCGGCCACGGACACCACCGUUCCGUCUGAUGCAUCUAGCGGUGCAGCGUCUGUAGACACCGAUAACUGGGGUACUCCCGACGCGUACUUCCCCAACACCGACUGUGACAUUGCUUCCCACUUCACAGCUGCUAACAUUAUCAUCAACAUCGACUUCUGCGGUGACUGGGCCGGCCAGGACGCUCUCUACACUGCAGCUGGAUGCCCAUCCACAUGCGUCGACUACGUCAACAACAACCCCACCGCUUUCACGAAUGCGUACUUUGAGUUCGAGUCGAUCCAUGUGUACGAAGCAUAGAAAAAUCAAAAAGGUUACGGGAGAUUCCAAGACUAUCGCCCCCCUCUGGGAUCAUGAUAAAUUAUUCACUGGGGCACUGUUGCACUGUAACACCACAGAUCAUUAUCUUCACGGCCUUUUCUUCUUGUCUUCUUCUUUUGGAUAUAGUGGUAUGCGGAUAACGAUUCAUGGUCUGUACGAGACUUGGGAUGUGUCAGUCAGUACUAGUUGUAGAUUUAUAUCUAUUUAUUUGAGUCGUAUGUAGGGAUGAUGCAUUAGGCCAUCUUAGCGCAAUCACACUUGAAGCUGCCUCACCGCCCUUCACUCGGAUAUGGACAGAUAC